AAGCUGCGGGAGGUGCCGGGUGAUGGCAAUUGUUUGUUUCGGGCCCUCGGUGACCAGCUUGAGGGGCACUCGCGGAACCACCUCAGACAUCGUGAGGAGACAGUGGCUUACAUGAUAAAGCAGCGGGAGGAUUUUGAGCCCUUUGUGGAGGAUGAUGUGCCCUUUGAGAAACACGUUACCAACUUGGCAAAGCCUGGUACCUUUGCUGGCAACGAUGCUAUUGUGGCCUUCGCAAGGAACAAUCAAAUCAACGUGGUUAUUCAUCAACUUAAUGCUCCGCUGUGGCAGAUUCGGGGCACAGACAAAAACAACGCGAGGGAACUUCAUAUUGCGUAUCGGUACGGAGAGCACUACGACAGCGUGAGGAGAAUCAAUGAUGAUUCUGAAGCUCCGGCGUAUCUUCGGAUGGAGAUGCUUAGCAAGAAUGAUUCGAACAAGGAGGAGGAAGGGAAGCCUCAGAAGGGUGACUCUGAAGGUGAGGCUGAAGUGGAAACAGAAGAUGCUAUACGAAAAGUGUGUAAUGCGACUGGAUGCUCAGACGUUGAUUUGGUAAGCCACAUUCGAGAAGUGGAAGACUACAGUGUAGAAUCUGCAAUAUUUGCCAUCUUUCAAGUGAAUAAAGUGGAAAGAAUCGGUGCUGAGGAGCAGUGUGAUCCCCAGAGCAAAGAUCAGAAUCUGUGCAGCAGAACCCUGCGGGAGGAAAAUGGAACUGGUUCAAGAGUCUUUGGAAAUCGGCGUUCAAGAGUCUUUGGAAAUCCUUUGCAUCAGGAUGAAAUAGAAAACAACACAGGCCAGGCUAGAUCCGGUGAAGAGAAUCGAGCUAGCAGAAACCCAAAGAUAUCUAAAAAACAAACGAAGCAGCAGCAGCGGCUGGAGAAGAAGAAGCGGCAGGAAGAAAGGCAUCGGCAAAAGGUCUUGGCCAACAGGAGUAACUGCACAGAUAGCAGCGGAGAGACAGACUCAAACAACCAUGUCACCUUGGUGAAGGCCAUGGCAGCUCUAAACAUAUGA